CGCUUGACACCGACUGCCAACUAGACAUGGAGCCAUUGAUCACUACCCGUUGAGCCCGACAAUCUAGCCAGCUUUCUACCCACCUUAUAGUGCAUUCAUCCAGCCCAGACUUCUUUAACUUGCUGACAAGAAUACUGUGGGAAACCAAUUAUAUCCUACCGCCUUAAUUACUUUACACCCAGCAAAAUUAAUGAUACAGCAGACAGGAACAAUCACAGAACCAGACAGAGAUGAUGCCGACAAACAGUGGCAAAGUGGGAUAUAUAAUGACGAAACAAUACCGAAGUGGGGAUUUCACAUCCCAGCUAUUGACAAGGGAGUUCUUGGCAGGCAGGAUGCUAUCAAACUUAAGUUUCCUUUUACAUCUUCGAGGCACUUUCCUUUCUCUGGAGGCGAUGGGCAUUAUCAGGACAGGAGUGUAUUCCUAACGGCCCAAUAGCACCUUCUUUCAAUGUGACUAGUUCGGGACGUGAGGAGGUGACCGGUCGCUUCCCAGCUUGUGGCUGCCUCUGUUGCUUAGCCGAAGAUUUUAGGGCCUCAGACUGUCACGGUAAGAGAAGGCCCUUACACCAGCAGACCGUGAUUUUGAUUCUUCCUUUUAUACCCCUAACUAGCCAAGUGAUAAGAACACGCCUAAAUUCUUAGCGUACAGGCCUUCACCGACAGGCCUGAAUAGCUAUAUCCGAACACUCCCCAACUCCGCAGUCAGACGUGACUCUCAGCCAGCCAGGAAAACAGAAGGUUUAUUAGACGACAGGGACAUGGUCUAAAACAGAGCUUGUAGGUGCAGAGAACGGGACCCCUCAGUCAGGUCCAUCUUCGGGGGGCAGGGAGGCCAGAGCCCCAUCUGGCCUUCCCUCUGUUUCCCCAGCCCGCUCUCCACUCCAGCUCUCUCCAGCCGUCUCCCCCGGCCAGGAGGCCACCUGAUCCCUUUGUUCUCCAACCCCUUCAGUUGGCACCUUUGCAGAGGAGGGGGCCCGGGCCAUCACUUGCCAGGAGACAGGGUGUCGGCCGUUCUCUGUGCGGACCCCUGCACACACCUGCCCUCUAGGGCUCUGUGACGAUCAUACACCCUUAUCCCGCCACCUAGAUACUUAAGAACUGCCUAGGGGAAACUGAGGCACCCACCCAGUCUUCAGAGAAACCAUUAAGAACAUUCCCACUUCGUCACAGGGGGGAGAGAGCAAAGCUGGUUCCAUAAAGGGCCCUGCGAAACCCCACUCAAAACUGGGGAGAGAACCCAGGAGUCCUGGCUCCCAGCCCCACCCGCUCUAACCCACCAGCCUCCACUACCCACCCAGAGCGACAAUGGUGUGUGUGGGGGGGAGCUGGGAGCCAGGACUCCUGGGUUCUCUCCCUGGCUCUGGGAGGGGAGUUCCCUCGUUACCACUCCAGCUACCAGUGGCUUAUCAGGACCCGGCGGCGGGGGGCGGAAAUAAGGGGUUCACACGGGAUCUUUCACCCCUGGCACGGUGCCCAGCUCGCUUGUCUUCCCAUCCCCCAGCGUGUGGUUUGAUCCGAGCCGCCGGCUGCCCAGACUUGGGAAUCCCCCCCCCCCCCCACCGCCCAGAUCCAGCUCGGCAGCCAGAUCCCGCCCAGCUGGGGAGCGGGCGGGGGGGAAGGGCGUGGACGGCUGUAAAUCCUUGCGCUAUAUAGAUCGCAGGUGGCAGGCUGGAAGGCCACACCCAGCCCCAUCGCCCGCCGGCCACGGGUGGCCAUGGAGUGCGUCGUCCGCCCGGCCCAGAGCACCGACUGUGACCACGUCAUGGGCAUGAUCCGCGAGAUUGCCGAAUAUCAUAACCUGCUGGACGAGGUGACAAUCAACUCCCAGGUGUUGAGGGCUGACGGGUUUGGAGGGGACCCCUUCUACCAAUGUCUCGUAGCAGAACUGGCCCCAGAGCAAGAAGACAAGCAAGGUCGCCUAAUCGGCUACGUCUUAUUCUUCUUUGGCUACAGUGUGAACACAGGCCGUAUUGUCUACUUGGAGAAUCUAUAUGUGGUCUCUGAAUUCAGAGGCCGGGGGAUCGGGAAGAAGCUGCUGAGUGAAAUGGCUAAGGCGGUGCUGGCCCGAGGCUGCAGCGAGAUGAAGUUCACAGUGGUGGCGUGGAACAGCCAGGCCCUGGCGUGGUACCGGCACCUCGGGGCCCAGGACAAGACGGAGGCGAGCGACUGGCACUGCUUCGAGCUGGGGGCCGAGGCCCUGCGCAGGCUGGCAGGGGACGGACGGUGAUUCGGGGCCAUGGGGAGCCGGGCUGGGGCCACGGAGCUAAAUCAACCGGAGCCCUCCGGGCCCCAUGGAGUCCUGCGUCUGCACCCCACAGCCCUCCAUCCCUCCUUCCAUCCCACACAGCCCUCCAUCCCUCCUUCCAUCCCUCCUUCCAUCCCACACAGCCCUCCAUCCCUCCAUCCCUCCUUCCAUCCCACACAGCCCUCCAUCCAUCCAGCCCUCCUUCCAUCCCCCACAGCCCUCCAUCCCUCCUUCCAUCCCACACAGCCCUCCAUCCCUCCUUCCAUCCCACACAGCCCUCCAUCCAUCCAGCCCUCCUUCCAUCCCCCAUAGCCCUCCAUCCCUCCUUCCAUCCCACACAGCCCUCCAUCCAUCCAGCCCUCCUUCCAUCCCCCAUAGCCCUCCAUCCCUCCUUCCAUCCCCCACAGCCCUCCAGCCCUCCUUCCAUCCCACACAGCCCUCCAUCCAUCCAGCCCUCCUUCCAUCCCCCACAGCCCUCCAUCCCUCCUUCCAUCCCCCAUAGCCCUCCAGCCCUCCUUCCAUGCCACACAGCCCUCCAUCCCUCCUUCCAUCCCACACAGCCCUCCAUCCCUCCUUCCAUCCCUCCUUCCAUCCCACACAGCCCUCCAUCCAUCCAUCCCUCCUUCCAUCCCCCAUA